AUGCCGAAUGAAUUGAUAGAGAACACGUGCAAUAAACAAAGAAAUGUGAUAUUCGUAAAAGUUCACAAAACAGGGAGUACAACAGCAUGGGGAAUUUUUACAAGAUUUGUACAAGCCAACAAUUUAAAUAUGGUUCUUCCAAAGAGAGACAAUGGCUCUAUGUUUAAUUAUCUAUCAUCUAAAUAUUUAAAGUUGAAAGAAACAGUACUUCGCUUACCGAAAAAUAUGUCUUAUAACAUUCUUUGCAACCAUGCAAUUUAUAAUAAACAAGAUUUUGAGAAGAUUAUGCCAAACGACACAGUUCGCAUCGGAAUACUUCGUGAUCCAUUAUCAGUAUUCAAGUCUGCGUUUUACCACUUCAGCUUUAAUAAACUUGUUAUGAGGAAAUUUCCAAAUAUAAAACGGAGUUUGCUUUUACACGAAUUUAUAGUGAAGAAGGUAUACCAACAGUAUGCUAUAGGGCGGUCUUUUACUAAUGGAAUGUCGUAUGACUUCGGUAUCCCCAAAUCAAAAACAUCAAAUACUUCGUUUGUUCUAGAAUACAUCCGGGAACUUGAUAAGGAUUUCAAACUUGUAAUCAUAACUGAGCUUUUCGACGAAUCUCUGGUUUUGAUGAGAAGGUACUUAUGCUGGGAUAUACAAGAUAUACUGUAUCAACCGGUUAACAAAGGGAUAUGGCGGAAUACCGUCAAACCAAAUCUGACAAGAGAAGACAUAGACAUCGUCAGGAAUCUGAACAAUGCUGAUAAUUUACUGUACGACUUCUUCAAAACACGUCUCGAAAAUCAAAUAACUCAACAGAAUGAUUCUUUUUAUACUGAAGUACGACAUUUUAAGAAAAUAAUUGCAAGUGUGCACAAAUUUUGCAGGAAUAUUAAAAAACGUUCCUGCACAAUAGAAAAAUCAGAAUGGAACUCCGAGUUCGUAAUGACUCGUCAUUUCUGUGACCAAUUAGUGACAUCUGAACUGGACGUGCUCAGAAAAAUGAUAAAGAAAGCAAAACGAACCUUAGUACAGAACAACAAAAUUUGGGAAACAUAAACAAAAUUUAGCAUAGACAGGAUACGGUUCGAAAGUCUAUCGUUUGUUUGAAUACAUAUAAUGCAAAGGAUACCACAAAUUGCUGUUAAACUGCACAGUUAUAUGUUUGCUAAACCAGUAGACUUUGAUGUCAUAAAACCAAAGCAAGAAAAUAAUCAAAGGGAUCAUCCGGUAUAAUGGAUUUGAUGUUUUUCAAUUAUGCGGAUUGCUUACACGCUCAUUUGCCUGUGAGAUCUUCUAGUCCUCCAACAGGACAUAUCGCAAUCAUGAUUUAGAAAACAAAACAAGAGUAACAAUCAAAAUGUGUUUGAAAUUUGAAAAGUAAAGGCACAAGGCCGACGGAUGACAAAAGUUACAAGACGAUCUAUUAAUAUACAUGUCUGCGGUUGUUGUGGUGAUUUCCCUUUUUUAUUCACCGUAGAUUUGUAAAAAAGCUUUCUUUAAAAGUAAAAUCCAACAGGUAUUUUAGCAAUAGGAAAAAACCCAAAACCAAAACAAACUUUUAAUAUUAUUCAACUUCAUUCUGAAUUUUAAUUAUAUUAACAGCUUUCUGAAUUUUA